AUGAGCUUAGCACCAGUUUGCAGUAUAUCUACGUACUAUGAAGAUGAACCGAACCAGAGUUUUAACUUUGAUUCACUAGUCAUCAAACCUUUCCUCCACAACAAACAUACAUAUUUGCAGCACAAUCUUCAGCCAUUGUCCGACAAUCAUAUUGAAAAAUAUGAGGCGCGUACAUCGAUCAUCCAACAUUACAAUCUUGAUGGGAUAGAUAUCGACUACGAGCACUUUAAGGCGGACCCCGAAACAUUUGCAGAGUGCAUCGGCCAGCUCAUAAGCACCCUCAAGAACAACGGAGUCAUUCAGUUCGCUUCGAUAGCCCCGUUUGCAGAUGACGAUGUUCAGUCGCACUACUUGGCCCUGUGGAGAAAAUACGGGCACAUCAUUGAUUAUGUCAACUUCCAAUUUUAUGCUUAUGAUCAGGGCACCACCGUGUCUCAGUUCCUCAACUACUUCGACAAGCAGGCCUCAAACUAUGAUAGCGGGAAGGUCUUGGUGAGCUUCAUCAGCGAUGGGAGUGGUGGAUUGUCACCAGAAAAUGGGUUCUUCACGGCAUGCAGCAAGCUCAAGAGCGAGGGCAAGUUGAACGGGAUAUUCAUCUGGUCAGCAGAUGAUUCAAAGGCUAACGGGUUUCAAUACGAGAAGCAAUCGCAGGCAAUGUUAUCGAUUGCCCACUAGCUCGGAGUUAUCCGCAGCAUGCAUAAUUUAUUAAGAGAGAGCAGAGCUCUCUGUGUGGAUUGUGUUGUAUGCUUCUAUUCGAUGUUUUAUCAGUGUGUGGCCACAUGUAUAGUAUUGCAACAUAUACAAGUAAAGAUCGAUAUCACAUUAUAUCUA